AUGACGAACGAUUUCAGGGCUAUACCUUUCAGCCCCCCACCAGCGACCCAGGGACUCUCGAGCGCGACAUUUUCCGUUCCACCGCUUGAUGGGACACUCACCAUUCUCCAGUGCUAUGACUGGCACGCAAGCAAGUCUUCCAAGCACCCUCUCUUCGUAUAUGCCGAAGAGGAUCGCACGACGAAGACCCUCUACUGGCCGGACGUUGUUCGCGCAAGCCACCGCGCCGGUCGCAUCAUUCGCGACCACGUCGAUAGCAAGUCAAAGAAGCCCGUAAUCGCGAUCUUGGCCGGCGCAGACAUGAUCACUUACUUCACCUGCUGCUUGGGCAUCAUGCGCGCUGGAUGUACCGUAUUCCCGAUUUCUCCGAGAAACUCCCCCCUUGCGCUCGCCCAUCUGCUCUCGACUGCUGGGGUCGAUCACGUUCUGCUCGGCUUCGAGAGCGCGUUCUCUCAGCUGGCGACGGCCGCGACUUCAUUGAUGCCGCCGGAUUCGGUGCCCUCGACCUCGAUCAUACCCAAUUUCGAGGAUCUGUACCUAUCAUCCGACCCUUGUGACCCUCUGCCUGACCCCAACGUCGGCCCCGAUGAUCCGGUAUACAUACUGCAUUCCUCAGGAUCAACGGCGUUCCCCAAGGUCAUCACCUGCACGCAUUUCUUCAUGAUCAAGGUUGCCGGCAUCCCGGCGUGGGGAGAGAUCGACUUUGCUGGGCUCACGCUCGGUUGUCACUCCGUGGCCAUGUUUCAUGGUAUGGGCUUGACGAUCUUGCUCUGGGCGCCGGCUUGCGGUUUCGUGAUCAGCACCUUUCCGCCCCGAUCUCCGGCGAUCCUUCCCACUCCGGAUCACGUCAUUCAAGGCGCCAUGCAUACGAAGUCCGACAUCGUGCUCUCGGUGCCGUCGUUUAUAGAGGCUUGGCUCAAAUCACCCUCGUAUGUGGAGUAUCUUGCGGGGAUAAAAGGUGUCCUUUACGGAGCAGGUCCCCUCAACAAGGCAGUCGGGGAUGCCUUGACCGAGAAAGGCGUGGCUAUUUACACGCUCUAUGGAAGCACGGAGACGACGGUGGUGAACGUCAUCCUUCCCAGAGAUCGGCCCGGUUUGGACUGGCAGUACUUCCGGUUCAGCAAGCACGUCAAGCCGCACCUCGUCGAGAACGGCUUUGGACAGGUGGAGAUGGUGCUAGUCGGUAACCCCUUGUCCGUUCCCGUGAAAACAAACACGAAGGUCGAUGGCGUAGACGCGUACGAUACAGGGGACCUGCUCGAAAGACACCCCACGAAACCGGAUCUGUGGAAGGUAUUCGGCCGCGCGGACGAUCAGAUCAUGCACAGCACCGGGGAAAAGACUAAUCCGGGACCGCUUGAGACGAUACUGAAUCAAGAUCCCUACGUCGCCGGGGCCGUCAUGUUUGGCCGGGAACGUUUCCACGCUGGCGUCAUAGUCGAGCCGAUACCUCAGGAGAAAUUCGACCCUAGCGAUGAGGCAAAGCUCGCCGAUUUCCGAAACAAAAUCUGGCCGAGCGUGGAGCGCAUGAAUCGGUUCGCCCCUCAACACUCGCGCAUCUUCAAAGAGAUGAUCCUAGUGGCCUCGCCGAAGAAGCCUUUCAUCUAUUCCGCCAAGGCGACGGCCCGGCGCCAAGGGGUUCUCGCAGAGUACGAGGACGAGAUCGACUUGGCCUACGCUGCCCUCGAAGAAUCCACGCAACUCGAAAUCCAGGCCCCCGCCAGCUGGUCCGAUGACGCGGCGGAGCUUUUCUUACGGUCCCUCGUCAAGAACAUGCUCAAGCGGGAAAUAUCUGACGAAGACGACCUCUUCGAGCACGGCUGCGACAGCCUUCAAGCGACGUGGAUCAGGAACACCCUGCUCCGCGCCUUGCGUCAAACCACGAGUCUUGACACGCGAUCUGUAUCAUCCAGCCUGGUUUACCAGCAUCCUUCGAUCCGUGCUCUCACUUCGUUCGUGGUGACUUUCGCUCGCGGUGCACCGUCGGCGAUAUCCGAUGCUCGCAUCGUCCUCGACGCGAUGACUCGUUUGGUCGAUACGCAUUCUCGCGAUCUUCCUGAAAGCGUUCCGGCACGUUUAUGCGCGAGUGGAAGCGAUGUCGUCGUAGUGACGGGUACGACGGGGAACCUCGGUGCCGAGAUUUUGCUGACCCUCUUGGACGACCCAUCCGUGGCACGGGUCUUUGCAUUCAAUCGCAACGGGACUGGCCAUAAGUCGCUCCUCGAGAGGCAGGAAUCCGUGAUCCAGACGCAUGGUAUAGAUCCUGGCCUUGCGCGAUCGCCUAAACUCACGCUCUUGACCGUGGACUGGAACCGCGCGGACUUCGGGCUGGAUUCGGAGACCCUGACGGAGAUCCGCAGCUCCGUGACCCACGUCAUUCAAAACGCAUGGAACGUGCACUUCGGGGCGGCGUUGCCAUCCUUUGAGGCGAAUGUCCGUGGCCUGCGCAACCUCAUAGAUUUAUCGCUCUCGUCCGGUGCACGAUUAUGCUUUGUCAGCUCCAUCGGGGUGGUCAGUGGGGAGGGAGUUACAGAACCAAUCCAAGAGACGUACGUCGGCGCGUCGGUGGCCUUGAGUAACGGUUACACGCAAUCCAAAUGGGUUGGAGAGCGCCUUCUCCAGGUCGCCUCGGAGAAAAGCGGCCUGCAUGCGGUGACCAUCCGCGUUGGACAGCUGUCAGGGGCGAAGAACGGCGCUUGGAAGACUACGGAAUGGCUCCCUGCGCUCGUGAAGUCCAGUCAACAACUGGGCUUCAUGCCAUCCAUGCAACAGAAUCUCGCUUGGCUACCUGUCGAUAUCGCUGCCCGUUGCAUAGCGGCCAUGCGCAAGGCAUCUCCAGGUGUUCUCCAUCUCGCACAUCCCCAUCCGAUUCCCGCUUCGUCCGUGUUCCGGGCCUUCGCGGACUCGCUUCGUCUCGACAUGGUGCCAUACGAUGAAUGGCUCGGUAAACUACAAGGCGCUACGGAUCCUUCCACCACUCCUGCCCUGAUGCUGUUGGACUUUUUCAAAGGGGGAUGGAAGGAACCAAGGCUCUCGAUGGAGCGUGCUUGCGAAGAAUGCGAUUUUCUAUCGGACGCAACGCGAAUCCGUGAUCUGGGCCCGGAGGAAGCAAUGAAGUGGAUCGCCUUCUGGAAGCGCGUUGGAUUCCUUUCCUCUUAG